GUAAAAUGAAAUAUGAUUAAAUCUAUUAUUGGAUGUACAAACAGAUCCCACGACAAUCAUACAUACCAUCGAUCCCUCUAUCGAAUAUUACACGUGUCGGCAGCCCAUUACACCAUUCCGAAAUAAUUACCUUCCCCGAACCCAAACUCAAAUGAAAUCACCAACCACAGCGCAUAACGUAAAUUAAAACGAUCAAAUCAAUGUAGCAAAAUGCGAAAUAAAUCAAAUAUUACAGAACAGCAAAAAUAAAUUAGAAAAAAUAAAAAUAAAACACAUCUCAUGUCCAAGAGGACGUGAGGGUCUCAGGCCAAAAGGACGGCGUAGAGACCGGCGGAGAAGAUGGCGGCGGCGGCGAAGGCGUUGUUGGAGAAAGCGGCGUUGGGAGGAGACGGAACAUCGGCGGAGGGACCGGCGACUGGUCCGCCGGGGCUCUGGGCGGGACCUGCCGGAGCCGGUGGGGACGCGGAGGGGACGUCGGCUGGAGAAGGAGCGGCCGACACCGGAGGAGUGGCGGGUGCAGGUGUCGGGGCCGCGGGGGUGGGGGUCGGGGCCGGAGGCGGAGUGGUGGUGGGAGCGGGGGUUGGCGCCGGCGGAGGAGGAAUGGCGGCGGGCGGCGGAGAGGUGGCGGAGGGAGUAGGGGCCGGGGCUUGAGCGAAGCAUGACGUGGCCAAGAGACCCAAGAUUAGGACAAUUUGGAGAAUCUUAGAACUCAUCUUGUCCGAUGAAGAGUGAUGAUUCCUCUUUCUUUCUUCUGGUUCUAGAGAGAGAGAGUGAUUGGAAGUUGUGGGAGUGAGGAGGAGAGGGCGGUAUAAAAAGGGAGGAGAGAGAGAGAUUGAUAAUUAAGAAAAAUAUAAAACGAAAGAGGGAGUGGAUCUGAUUAAUAUGAGGUGUAAUUUCAAUGAAAAAGAUUAAUAAUAAUGGAGAUCCCUAAAUAUUUAAAUGGAAUCAAAGUUGGAGAAUAACAUGGAAG